CUAUUUUUUUUCAUCUGUUAACCUUUUUGUCUAUCUCGUUCCGUUCGCGGUUAAAGGCAUGUACCAGUACACGUGUUGAAUAAAGAACGGUGGCAACGUUCGCCGCGUAAUGUAUUUCGGAAGAGGUUGCAGAGUGCCUUGAGAGUACAAUUGAAACCAGGAAACUACCCUUGAAACCAAUACAAGAUGAGCACUAUAUUGGAAAAGAUCGCCUCGAUCGAGGCCGAGAUGGCUCGGACCCAAAAAAACAAGGCGACGUCCGGCCACUUGGGUCUUCUUAAGGCAAAGCUAGCCAAACUUAGAAGAGAACUGAUCACCCCCAAGGGAGGCGGUGGAGGCGGAGAACAGGGUUUCGAAGUAGCCAAAACCGGUGACGCUAGAAUUGGGUUUGUCGGAUUUCCAUCCGUUGGCAAAUCAACCUUGCUCAGCACUCUUGCCGGUGUUUAUUCCGAGGUAGCUGCAUAUGAAUUCACUACCCUCACUACCGUCCCUGGUUGCAUCAAGUACAAAGGAGCUAAAAUUCAGCUUCUAGAUCUUCCUGGUAUUAUCGAAGGUGCUAAAGAUGGCAAGGGUCGAGGAAGACAGGUUAUCGCAGUUGCACGUACAUGCAGCCUUAUAUUUAUUGUAUUAGAUGUCCUCAAGCCCCUUGGUCACAAGAAGCUCAUUGAACAUGAACUCGAGGGAUUCGGUCUGCGGCUGAAUAAGCAACCUCCAAAUAUUACUUUUAGAAAAAAAGAUAAGGGUGGAAUCAAUCUACAAACCAUGUGCGUACAAUCCGAACUCGAUUUAGACACCGUAAAAUCUAUCCUCUCAGAGUACAGGAUUCACAAUGCGGACAUAACUCUCCGCUACGACGCUACUUCGGAUGAUCUUAUUGAUGUUAUUGAGGGUAAUCGCGUCUAUGUACCCUGCAUUUACCUUCUCAACAAAAUAGAUCAAAUUAGUAUCGAGGAGUUGGACGUUAUUUACAAAAUACCACACUGUGUACCAAUCUCUGCCCACCAUAAAUGGAAUUUUGAUGAUUUACUUGAAAAAAUGUGGGAGUACUUGCAACUUGUGAGAAUUUAUACAAAACCAAAAGGCCAGCUUCCUGAUUACAACUCGCCAGUUGUAUUGAACAUCGAGCGAAGAUCAGUCGAGGAUUUUUGCAACAAACUGCAUCGUUCCAUUGCUAAAGAGUUCAAAUACGCGCUUGUUUGGGGCUCAUCGGUAAAGCACCAGCCUCAAAAAGUUGGAAAAGAUCAUAUCUUAUGUGAUGAAGAUGUUGUACAAGUUGUUAAGAGAGUGUGAUUUUAAAAAGUGGAAACAUUUCGUGACUACCAACGUGCUGAAGACAUAAUUACGGAUCUGUAAGAAACAAUAGGUCCACUUUGAUUAGACUAUUUUCCGAUUAUUUCCUUCUAGAGUUUGUCACCUUUCGGAACAUCUCGUUGAUCAUAAAUGGGUUCAACGUGAGAUGGAUUAUCUGAUGGAAAUUACAAUUUUUUUAUUAUUUUCACAAAAUAAUUUAUCACACAAACAUACAUUAAACAAGAUCCAGGCAUAUAUGUAUACA